AUGUAUUACUAUUUAGCUGCAAUUUUUGCAUUUGUUAGCUACUUUCUGUAUAAAUGUUAUAUUUAUCCUUUAUAUUUGUCGCCAUUACGUAAAAUCCCUGGCCCGCCUGUUGAUAACUUAAUUCUUGGACAUUAUUCCUCUUUAUUAAAGAAAGAUCAUGGUAAAGUCUUUUUUCACUUAGCAAAACAAUAUGGUGGAAUAGUUAGAUAUCAUGCCUUAUUGAAUAAGCCAUAUCUCUUAAUUACCGAUCCAAAACUCGUACAAAUGAUAUUGAUGAGUCGUUCGUAUGAUUUUCCGAGGUUCAACAUGAAUAUCACCCUAGUCAAGGAGUUAAUUGGUGAAGGCAUUAUUCUUUCUGAAGGAAAUUCUCAUAAACGACAAAGAAAAAUGAUGUCUCCUUCAUUUUCUUUUGCCAAUGUCAAGGAAAUGACUCCAACAUUCGUUCAAGCUGGCCACAAUUUAAAAGCUAUCUGGAUGAAAGAAAUUGGUAAUAAGAGAGAGGAAAAAAUUACGAUUACAGCUAUAAUUUCAAAGAUAACUUUGGAUGUUAUUGGCCUUGUUGGCAAUCUCCUUCCGUUUAUCAGAAAAUUUCCAACAUCUGAUAACAAUAAAUAUUAUGAUUCUAUUAAAACUAUCAAUAAUAUUUCCGAGAAAUUAAUUGCUUAUCAAAAAAAUUGCCCUGUUCAAGGAACAGAUUUAUUGUCAUUAUUGGUAAAAGCAAAUGGUCAAUUACCCGUUGAAGAACAAUUAACUCAUUAUGAAUUAGUUAGUCAGGUUAUGACAUUACUCAUAGCUGGACAUGAGACCACCAGUGUUACAUUAUCUUGGGCACUAUACUUCCUAGCAGCAAAUCCUGAUAUUCAAGAUCGUCUUCGCAAAGAAAUACUUGAUAUACUUCCUGAUCGUGAUUAUCAUCCAACUUUUGAUCAAAUUGAACAAUUGAAAUUUUUAGAAUGUGUCUUUAAGGAAGUUUUAAGAAUCGUUCCACCUGUGCCUACACUCAUUCGUACUAAUGCAAAAGAUGAAACGCUUAAUGGUUACUUUAUUCCAAAGAAUACACCAUUGUCUAUCCCCAUCUACGCAAUCCAUCGUGAUCCCUCAAUUUGGGGUGAUGAUGCUGAACAUUUUAACCCAUCUCGGUGGCUCAAUCCGGAAAUAAAAUCAAAUAUAACCAAUUCUAAUUUCAUACCAUUUAAUACCGGUCCAAGAAGUUGUUUGGGAAUGAGAAUGGCGGAUUUAGAAUUUAAAUCUAUAUUAGCUGUGAUUAUUAGAAAUCUUGAGUUUAAAUUAGUUGAAGGUUUUACUUUUGGAAGGAAAUUUGUCGGUAUACUUAAACCUACUCCCGGAAUUGAUCUAUUAGUUUCAAAA